AUGCUCGACGAUCGACCCAGACUUUACUUGGCCACAUCGGCUUUGGCGCUGGCUGCCUUCACCUGUUACCGAAAAUAUCGGGACAAGCAAUCGGGCCCCCCACUUCCACCUGGUCCUACCCCCCUCCCAAUAUUGGGGAACAUUCUGAGUCUUGAUGUCGCUCGGCCUUGGCUGACCUUCAACGCCUGGAGGUCCACAUAUGGUGAUAUCAUUUAUGCUCGUCUCCUCAACAAGCCUGUGGUUGUGAUUAACUCUGAGGAGGUUGCGAAAGACCUUUUUGAAUGGCGUUCCACCAUUUAUUCGGAUAAACCCCAGUCCAUUGUUUAUGAACCCUUUGGUUCAGACUUCAACAUAGCGUUUAUGCCGUAUGGAGACAGGUGGCGCCUUCACCGACGAAUUUAUCAUCAGGCAUUUCGUCAAACUGAAGUACACACUUACCACGCUGUGCAACUGUGUUGCGCCCACAAAAUGUUGCUCCGUGUGCUACAGGACCCUAGUGAAUAUCCAAGACAUUUUGAGAUGUUUAACGCUUCUGUUGUAUUGUCUAUACUAUAUGAUUAUGAUCCGAAAGCCAGGGAUGAUCCCAUCAUCCACAUUAUGGAAACGUAUGCCGACCGGGUAGUCGCAAAUUUGACGCCAGGUCCUACUGUGAUACUCGAAACAUUCCCUUUCCUUUUGAAGCUACCUAAAUGGUUUCCUGGUGCCACAUUCAAGCGAGCAUCGCUGGAGUGUCUCAAGGCAGCCCAUGACGUAAAGGAAAUACCGUUCCAAAUUGUCAAAGAGAGAAUGUCUACCGGCGUCACGACACCUUGCUUCGUGGCUGAUGCUUUGAACAGGAUGGGACGUUUGGACAACGCCGUCAUUACAAGUGCAGUUAAGGAGGCUGCUUGUAUCGCAUUUGCAGCGUCAUUUGAAACGGCUACUUCCACAUUGCUCGUGUUCAUUCUUGCUAUGGUGCUCAAUCCAGACGUACAAGCCAAAGCGCAAGCAGAGAUUGAUGGAGUCGUUGGCAAAGAUAGACUCCCUGAUUUCAGUGACAGACCAGCGUUGCCUUACAUUGACGCUGUCUUACGUGAAACACUCAGAUGGCACCCUGUGGCUCCGUUUGGUUUCCCAGGCGCAACAACGACCAGUGACACCUACAAUGGCUACUUCAUCCCUAGAGCGUGUCAGGGGGCAAUUACACACGAUGAAAAAAGAUACCCCAGUCCUGAUGAAUUCAAGCCAGAAAGAUUUCUUCAUGAAGAUGGGUCGCUCACUAGCGACAUCAUGCAUUUAGGCUUUGGCUUUGGUCGCCGGAUGUGUGUGGGACGGCAUGUCGCAGAAGCAUCACUUUGGAUCGCGAUGACGAGCUUCCUCGCCAUGUUCUCAGCCCACAAGGCCCUUGAUGAACAUGGCAUGGACAUCCCCGUCAUUCCGAAGUUCUCUACAGGUCUCAUCGUGUUUGCAUAAUGUCAUUCAUCUCCGAGAGUAGUCUACUGAUUUUUUUGUUUUUUCCAGUCGUCCGGAGAAAUUUCCUUGUCGCUUUGUCCCGCGAUUUCCUGAUACAUCUUUGAAAACACUGACGCACUUGACUGGUUUAGAUUCGUGUGUCGACAUCGCAAAUGUGGUGUAAAUGCGUAGUAUACAAGUCACGGAUAUCAUGUGUGAUCGAGUCUUUAUGCAGUUUGUUGAUGCGAUUGGGGCAACUGCAUGAUGAGGUGGAGGAGUGUUGAGUGCUUGAUGUCUAUCCAUCUCUGAGGCGUGCACCUCAGCUACACUUGCUGCACAAGUGGGCACUAUUCUCGCCUGAAAGGUUUCACUGCAAGCUUUGAUGCAGAUGUGUC